GUGUGCAGAUCAACCUCUUUGCCGGUGCCUACCUGCGCAACGUGUCCUCGCUGCCGCUGCAGCUACAGUUUGGCAACAAGGAUGAAGUCAGCACCUGCGCCGAGAUUUGCCUGCCCGCAGCCAAGGACUCGAACAGUGAGUUCAUACCAAGCGCCUGGCUCCCCGCAAGUGCAGCUGCGGCCCUCCUGGAGGAGCCACCCGUCGUUCCGCAGCCAGGGGCAGCAGGAAGCGAUGCACAAGAGGGGCUGACGCGAAGCACAUCUGCGGAGGUCCAGCCCAAACGGAAGCUGAACUUACGCCUUCGAGCCAUGAGCGAAACUACCCCGCCGGGACCUUGGGGCGGCAUGCUUCAGCUGGACAGCCUCGGUCUUCAGGUACGAGCGACAGUCAAGUCUCAGAUCUGGUACGGUUUUGAUCUUGCCUUUAAUGCCGAGGUUGUACGUGGGGUAAUGGAACCGAACAUGGAAGAUGAAAUAGCAAUUCAGAUUGCGGGGUGCUCGGGCGAUGUGAAAAGCUUGGCACUCACCAUGCUCGUUGGCUUUCUAGUUGUCGCCAUAUCCCUUUCUUUCGCAAAAUGGCAGCCAGACAACACCUCCACACAGGAGUCUUAUCUCCUGGAUGAGAAUCUUCGGCGCUCUGGAUGGGAUGCAGGCCUCUGGAACAAGAGUUCUGUUUGGAACAGCAUUUGCCCAGAAGAGGAUUUGGGAGGCAUCGGUUCGCAACUUCACGUACUGGGACAAGCGCUUGCUCUCGCCAUGCACUUGGGUCGAGUUCUUGCGAUUUCAAGCAAAGGGAUGGCCUUGAUGGACCCUACUUUCUGCCCUGGGCUGCAGGGCUAUGAGUGCUGGCUCGAGAAACUCACGGCAUGCCUUCCUACAGGGGACAUCCUGACCAUAACCGACCGCUUUCCCGGAACACCAGAAUUCGGUUUGAAAUCCGUCCCUGAAGUUUUUCGAGAAAUGCUGCAGCAAUGCUCUCCGAUCAAGAGAAGAUUCUGGUUCUACUGGUGGCGAGCCCAGUCUAUGACAUAUUUGGUCCGGUUCAAUGCCCAAACGCGCGAAGCACUGGACAAGUUCCGAUCCGAGUCUCUGUAUGCGUGCGAGACCAAAGUAGCAUCGGCAGACACUCUCGCCAAGGGAACCAUCUCGGUACACGUGCGCCAUGGAAACAAAGGGAGGGAAGGGCUUCUAUAUGAUUUCUCGAGCUACUUGCAACAAAUGGAGCUGUUGGCUGAGGACAGCACGGCGCUGCGAGUCUUAUAUGCAGAGGUCGCGGAGAGCAACGCCACCUUCUCUUUCCCAACUGGCACCUAUGCUUCCAGGAAGGUUUUCUUGUCUACGGAGAGCCAGGCCGUAGUCGAUGAGGCCUUGCGACUUUGUGACGCAAAGCCCAGAUGGGAGGUAACGUAUACCAGGAUAAGGCGAACCAAUGAUGAUGCUUGGAUGCAUACCCAAGGACAUGAAGAGGCGCGAUAUGAAGUGCUUGCUGCUUUCAUGAACUUGGAGCUUGCAUUGGAAGCAGAUGCAUGGGUUUGUACUUUGUCGUCGAAUUGGUGCCGUCUCAUUGACGAGCUCCGGAUGACGAUUGGCAGAAAAGUCUUCACUCCUGGACACAUCGAUGCGGCGGACCUCUGGGCAGCUGCGGGUCGGGGCUCUCGGAGAUUAGAUGUCCCGCUCGAGCCCCCCUGCGCGGAGCGCACCAGGGUGCUGCUGAACGUUGUAUGGAUUUCUUGGGAUGAGUUUUCCAAGGGGCGCUCUCUUGAGGCAUAA